AUGCUCAAAUACAAACUUGUAAAUGAAAGUAAAGUAGGUGCUCAAAUCAAUGUUACAACAGAUAUUGAUCAAUAUUUUUUCGAUUAUCCCUGCACUAGUAGCUCUGAUUGUACAGAUUAUGAAGUCGCAUUAUCCCCUGGUCUUUACAAAUUCGAACUUUAUGGUUCAUCAGGUGGCAGCCUAAACGGUGUCACCUCAUAUAGAUUUCCUGAUGGCAGCUGCAUUUCAGAAGAAAUCGUUAAUCGAUAUCGCGGAAACACCCAAUGUCGACAUCACGCGAGUGUUGGUGGUGCAGGAGGAUACAUUUCAGGUAUUAUCCUUUUAAGGAAAUCAACACUCUCGUAUAUAACCAUUGGGGGCAAAGGAACUGUUAAUAAAGAUACUACAUGCUAUCAUGAAAUAAGAUGUUUCGAACAAAAUCUUUAUUCUCCAGGAGGAUAUGGAGGCGGAGGUAGUACGCCUGCACAUCCUACCGUUGGAUCAGGAGGUGGCCAGACUGCUGUGAAGUUCAUAGAAAACAAUUUGUGGCAUCGAGUAAUUGUCGCUGGUUCAGGCGGCGGUGCUGAUAACAUCUAUGGAAAUUUUCAGGGUACUGAUGAUGGUUCAGGAGGUUCAGGAGGCGGCUUGAUUGCACAGGGAUGGUUUGAGAAUGGAACUUAUAAGAAUGACUAUUUUGCAAACUCCACAUUCGGAUUUAGUUUUGGAUUUGGAGAAGCUGCUCAAUUAUAUGGCUCUAAGAAUGUAAAUGGUGUUCAUAAAUACUCUUCUACUAGCGAUAAAUCAGGCUCCGGGAGCGGAUGGUUUGGAGGUUUUGCUAGUCAUGAUCCAGACUCUGGUUCUGGGGGAGGCUCUUCAUGGGCUUUAUCUAAAGAUGCAAUUAUUCCACCAGGAAAAAUCAAUUCGGUAGACGACUUUUUCACCUCUAUCGGAAGUUAUGAAUAUGCAUUUUCAAAAACAGAUUAUUUAUUUUCUAACGUUAUUCAUCAAGCUGGCAUUUGGGAUGGUAAUGGUCGAGUAAUAAUCACAAUCCUUCAAUAUGAAGUAUGUCCCACCUAUAAAAACUUUUUUAAUCUUAAUUUCCUUUUGCCUAUAUAUGUAUUUUUGCUUUCGAAAUAA